AUGCGUUGGACUAAUCUGUUUGUUCUAGCUGAGGUCUUCGGGCUAGCUUGCCUUUGUUCUGGACAUGCCACUGCUCUGGCAAAAGAAACUGCUCUUGUCCAGAGACAAACCCCUUCCGAGAAUCGGCCAUUCGUCUUCCGCGGUGAUAACAGAUCUCCCAGAGAGAUUCGGGACGCUGGUGGAUUUCGGCCUCAAGGUGACGGCUGGGAGCAUGAUGAAUCAUCUUACAUCCUCGACCACCAUUACCACGCUGGCCCGCAAGGAUGUGGCGAAGACGGCGGUGUCUUUCGGACAGCAUAUGUAUCGCUAGCGCAGGAAAGGGAGACAGCCGAACGAUACGGCCGGUGGCUUUACGAAGUUCGCGCUACACCAAACAUUCUGGACUCCGAGGGACGCUAUCCCGAAACUGAAGUCAUGGCCCUAGGAGGAAUCCACUGGAGACAAGUUCGAAGAUACGUCUUGAUGCCGGCAGAUCCCGAGGAGCUCAUUGAUGAAGGAAGUUGGAUCGAGAAUCCAGAAUACGAUAGGGCAACAUAUGAUGAGGGUCCGGACGCUUUUCGAGCUCGCGUCAAUGUAGACUUUCCGUAUGGUCUAAGGGAUGGCGAACUUGACAGCGACUCUGAUGAUUCUGAAGAUGAGGGCGACGGCCCUCAACGUCCGCUGUUUGCGGUUGUGGAUAGAUUCAUGGACAGCACGCCCGGCAUGUACGAGCUCUAUGGUGGAUUUCCGCCUACCUUCCAGCAAUAUGCCCCAAGAGACGACAUACCCGGGUCUGGCCAGACACAGCCUGCACAAGAACCGCAGGUAUCGUACGAUGAAGCCGCUGCAAUGUUGAAUCACUAUAUAAACUCCUUGCCUAGCGUCGACCAGGCCUUGCAGGACCUGCUCCGAGAUAUUGACCGCGCUGCAUGUCCCUCCUUCAUCGCACCAGGCUCAUUUUUCGGGAGACAUCGUCGCGCAGCUAUUGUAGAAGCUCACUCAGCUGCCCCCUCGGUUGAUAUUCAAAACUCCGAGCAGUGCGUGCUUGGUUCCCUCAGGGCAGAGGUCCGACUGCAUAACUGGGACUGGGCCGGAAGCUCCGACCGCUUGUUUUUGGAAAUCGGAAAGAACAGCAAAUAUGACGGCCAGCAGCCGCACUACAAGCUCAAAGAUUCGCCUAGUGCCGGAGAUACAAUGCCCUUCACCAUUGAUAUUGCCGAUGCCUUUGGGACGAAUUUGGUAACACUGGACAAGAUCCAAUAUGUCAGAUUGGUUAGCCGGACGGAUAACGGAGGUGUAGGCUCAAACGAGCUCGCCCUAAAAGGGUUCACGGCUGAGGACUGGUCUUGGGGGCGCGAUUGCGAUAAAUUCAAGAGCAUUGACUUUGAAUGGCACCUGAGCAGUGCCUUGUCGGCCGGAACAUCGGACGACCUGAUCAUUACCAAAGAGCGAAACCACCCUAUUAACCAGGAGCCUGCUUCUGGUCUGAUCUUCACGCAUCGCCCUAAGCUUGGUACAUCGGGCAAGGCGGGUCUCAACCUGACUGCCUUGUAUGGUACGGAGACUGUCCCUAUUGGCAAGGUUAAUUACCUUCAAAUCAUGUCAUAUGAGGGAAUCUCUCAUGAAUCAGAAGACCAGUGGAAGUGGGGAGGCGCCAAAUUUACCGCGAUCUGCGCAGAAUCAGGCAAAAAGGCCAUCUUGAACAAAUUCGAAAGCGACUACUAUUGGCACUAUCGCACUUACCCUGUCGAAAUGCCCAUUAAGGUUCAUGAUUGGAAAUGGGAGGAUGAAAACCUGCAAGGGAAUCAUCCUUUUCCGAGAGACGCGCCCAAGUGUCUACAUCAUCCCCCUCACCCCAAAUCUGGAGCUUCCCUUGCUACCCCACCAACGCCUCCCAUACAUUACAAACAAGCACGACAUCUGCUUCAGCCUCGCGCGGUUCACACCUCUUCCCUCCUCCAAACCAAAACCCAAACCUCCCCUAAUCUACGCCGCUUCUUCCACUCCCAAGCCCCCAAGAUGGCUCCCAUCCCCGCGACCAUGAAGGCCAUCUCCAUCACCAAGAACGGCGGCCCGGAGGUCCUCGAGUACACCGACGUCCCCGUCCCCGUUCCGCAGCCCGACGAGAUCCUCGUCCGCAACCACGUCGCCGGCGUCAACUUCAUCGACACCUACUUCCGCUCCGGCCAGUACCCUUCCCCCACCUUCCCGCGCAUCCUCGGACAGGACGCCGCCGGCGAGGUCGUCGCCGUCGGCCCCGCCGCCGCCGUCCCGCACAUCCCCGGCAGCACCGUCGUCUUCAUGAACGGCACCGGCACCUACGCCGAGUACUCGACCGUCAAGGCCUCCGCCGCCGUCGCCCUGCCCGAGGGCGUCGCCCGCGAGGACGCCGUCGCCGCCUACCUCCAGGGCCUGACCGCGUGGACCUUUAUCCGCCGCGCGGGGCUCACCCAGCCGGGCGAGUGGGCGUUCGUGCACGCCGCGGCCGGCGGCGUCGGUUCGCUGCUCGUGCAGCUGCUCAAGCGCGUCGUCGGCGCGCGCGUCAUCGCCACGGCCAGCUCCCCGGAGAAGCGCAAGAUUGUGGAGGGGCUCGGCGCGGACUACGCGCUCGACUCCAACGAGGACUGGGUGGCGCGUGUCCAGGAGAUCACCGGCGGGCACGGCGUCGACAGCAUCUACGACGGCGUCGGCAAGGCCACCUUCCACAAGGACCUGGAGAUGAUUGCCGUGGGUGGCAGCCUCGUGAUGCUGGGCAAUGCUUCCGGCAACGUUGAGCCCUUCGAUAUCCGGCCGACCCUCGGCCCAAAGAACGUCCGACUCUCUCGUCCCAUCCUUUUUGGCUACCUCACGGAGCGGGAAGCGCUGGAAAAGUACGCCGGCGAGUUGUUCGAGUUCAUUCGCUCUGGCAAGGUCAAGGUACUUCACCAUGCUACUUACGACCUCAAGGACACAGCCAAGGCGCACGCAGACAUUGAGAGCCGAAAGACGACCGGCAAGUUGCUUAUCAAAAUUAACUAA